ACUUUUUAUUUCUAUCAACGGAGGAGAGAGAAACACUCAAACACUGAAACACUGUACGUGCGUCUUCAAUCAUCUGGUUUCCUUAGCUAUCUUUGCAUUCUCUGCUCUCUCAUCUCUGUCUCGCACGAGUAUGGAAGCUGGAAAGGUGUUAGAAGUUCUCUAUACUUUUCCUGUCGAGGGAAUACUGAACAAGCUGGCUUCACUUGCUGCUCAAGAAAUAAGCCUGUUCCGGGGAUUCAAAAAGGAACUAACAAAACUUCGUCAAUCAUUACUCGAGAUUCAAGAUUUCUUAGGCGAUGUUGCCCAUCAGCCACAAGAACGAGGCAGGGCAUUGAAGGACUGGGUGAGAAAACUGAAAGACAUAGCUGAUGAUGCUGACAAUGUCUUGGAUGAAAUCAACUAUGAAGAUCUUCGCAGGCAAGUAGAACUGUCAAACCAAAAGAGGAAAAAGGUACGCAACUUCCUUUCCAGCUCCAAUCCCCAUUUGUUUCGUCAAAAAAUGGCACAUAAAAUCAAGAGCAUCAACGCAUCUUUUUUGGAUCUCAAAUAUGAGGCAUCUUUCAUUGGACUAGUUUCCAAGAAAAUAGAUCGAACCCCUCCAGAAAUUGGAGGGGCCAGAGAAACCGACUCAAUCUUUGAGGAAGAUGAAAUCGUCGUUGGAAGGAAUGAGGAUCUGUCAAAGAUAAUUACAAUCUUGACAGACUCCAACUUGGAUCAAGAAAAUCUUUCAGUAAUGCCCAUUGUCGGAAUGGCAGGCCUGGGGAAGACAACUGUGGCUAGGUCACUAUUCAAUAAAGAUUCUAUUGGUGGACAUUUUGAGAAGAAAAUAUGGGUGUGUGUAUCUAACACUCUUGAGGUCAAUUCGAUUUUAAGUUGGAUAUUAGAAUAUCUUAACCCAACAAAGGCUGGGAUACAACGCCUAGAUGCAUUGCUUAAAAACCUAGUACAAGAAUUGGAAAAAAAGAGAUAUUUUCUUGUGCUUGAUGAUGUGUGGAACGAAGAUCCUCAAAAAUGGAGCAAUUUGAUGACUUGUUUGUCAAAACUUCGUAGUGCCCAGGGAAGCGUUGUUAUAGUCACUACGCGCAGUGCCAGUGUUGCAUCAAUCACGAAAAAAGUAAUUCCAAUGUAUGUUUUGAGAAGUCUAUCUGUUGAUGAUUGUUGGGACAUA